CCACUGGCAACACCUUCGAGAAGAUUCCUCUCCUCUCCUCCCCGCGCGCUGCCUCCGCUCCGCUCAUGUCGUCCGCGCCGAGCACCACGGCGUCCACCAUCGCAGCCUCUAUCCACACGCCGUUCUCCUCGGGUCCCCGCGGGGCCCGCCUUCCGGCCGCGCUCCGCCUCUCGCUCGCUCAGCUCCGGUCGGCCGGAUGCCGCGCGGCGCCAGGUCGCCUCGCUCGCCCUCGCGCGCGCGUUCGGUGCGGCGCGGCGGCCAGGUUCAUUGGGCAGGGCGAGUUCCCCGCGGAGGUGCUGGAGUCGGAGCUGCCCGUGCUCGUGGACUUCGUCGCCGACUGGUGCGGGCCGUGCCGCCUCAUCGCGCCCGUCGUCGAUUGGGCCUCCGAGGAAUAUGCUGGGCGAUUAAAAAUUGUCAAGAUUGAUCAUGAUGCCAAUCCACAGCUGAUUGAAGAGUACAAGGUUUAUGGUCUCCCGACUUUGAUUCUCUUCAAGGAUGGCCAAGAGGUGCCAGGCAGCCGACGAGAAGGGGCAAUGAUAAAAGACAAGUUCAAGGAAUACCUGGAACCUCUGUUGACUACAAUUACAACAGCCGCUUAAGGUCGUUGCCUCCAGCUUGAGCACUGAGGAUGCCAACGGCACUGGGAAUGUUGAAGGUUUUUUUCCUUACAUGAGCACCAUGUUUAGUUUGUAAUUAACUACGUUGCGGGAUCAUGUUUGACUAUGUAUGAUUGUCAUUUGCGUAUAUUUGGUAAGGUAUACAUAAAGGGUUGUGAUGAGGUAUGCCCCCACUAAUUUUAAUACAAAGCAAGUUCGUUUUCGC